CGGCCGUGUUCUCAUACAGCAUAACCGGAAGCGUCGCUUUCCAGGGAUAUACAUCCGCCGCGUUGGACGAGUAACGUAGCAACACGAAACACUGGCAUAAAUAAUCCGUGUAAACGGUUGGUUUUACGAAGCAAAAUUCAGCAUACCAACGACGACGCAGAAGUAAAGCUUAAGUUGUCGCUGUGAAUUAUUAAGCAUCACGCCAUUGAGACAUCAUCACCUUGCUUCAUAUAGGAAGACUAGCAGCAGCAAAACUGUGAAGAGAGGUUACUUUAUACAAGAAAUGGCAUCUCAUACGUGCAUGGUCUUCACAGUUUCUUGCCUUUGGAGUGAAACUUUCAUAAUCACACGUGGAAUACUGUACGACCAAGGGCAAGACUUGCACGUAUUUGUCAUGCCAUUGCAGUAAAGCUGAGUCUCAACAGCACUUUUUGGAUUGUAACAGAAGUGUAGACUGCUAGGUUCUCCAAAUCUAUGUUCACAGAAUACCAGACUCCGCCGAAAUUCUGUUAACACUUGAUGUGCACUUCACUUAACCGUUUCUAGUACAUUGCUUUUAGUGUCGCACUGUUGCUGCCUAGUUUGCACAUUUGCUUGUGGGAAGUGGAUAUGUCUAAAAUUUCUAUGCACAUUGUAAAAAAAACGCUUUGUUGUUGAACUCCGCUAUUUGGAAAGCGUUUUCAUUAUUCCAUUACAAUGGCCCUAUCAUUCUCAUAACAUUCGCAUAAUGAAUGCGUGUGGCUGGGUCAUUAAUGUUUAAAUGUAAGGAGUAUCUGAUUUGCAUUUACACUUGAUCAACGAGAAACCGCACAAGAAUGCAACAAUCAGAUAAAAUAAAUAGUGGCGCUACAUUAGUGCCGUUGAUCCGUGUUAGUAUUUGGAAUUAUUUAUUAAUCUGUGUACAAGAAACAUUUUCGUUCAGAAUUCUUUUAGCUUAGAAAACUUACAAAUGUGGUUACGAGACGAGACAUUCUGGGUUCUUUGUGAGUAUGUGUGCUUCAUGAGUUUGGAGAAGUGUCGGAUAUCAUAGUUUCCACAAGUGAGGCACACGCAAGAGGUUUCGAAGGAAGUGAAUUUCAUAAUGGCCACGCUCUUGGUACAGAAAACAAGUUUACUUAUAACAUGUGGCGUAAAAGCAGUUAAAUUCAAUGUUGAAGGAGACAGCCGUUUCCAACAAUUGGACAUUUCGAACGUAAAUAAUAGGUGUUUAAACGAAAAUGCGAAUUGUGAUGGAGUCAAAGAAGGCACUGCGUCUGCUGAAGUACAUAUAGUGGCAGCAGAUAUUUCAAGCUGUGAAAAAUAUGUUGCCCUCUGUACAAGUGAUAAACAUCUGAGUUUGUGGAAGACAGAUAAUUUGUCACUAAUAAGUAAUCGGACCUUAGCCCGUGUUGCAAGUAAGGUUAGGUUCGUACCAUCGGGUCGAGCCAUUGUUUUGGCAGACAAAUCUGGGGAUGCUUAUAGCUUCUCAGCUGAGAAACCUUAUGAGGAUGGGCAAUUACUCCUGGGACAUUUAUCAAUGCUAUUAGACAUUCUGGUCUCACCAGAUGAGAAGUACAUAAUAACAUGUGACCGUGACGAAAAAAUAAGGGUUUCACAAUACCCAAAUACGUACAAUAUUAAGUCAUAUUGUCUUGGCCACAAGGAAUUUAUUACAGGACUGUCUCUUCUUCCAGCUGAUAAGACUGUUCUCAUCUCUAGUUCAGGAGAUGGAACUAUAAGGUUCUGGGAUUAUAAAGCUGGUAUUCAGCUGCAUGUGGUUGACUGUAAUGGUUCUGUGUGUGCAAACAAAGACAUAGUAGAACACAGUAAUAAAAGUUAUGGAGGAUGUGUACUGCCAGUUAGACUUGUUGGUUGCAGCAUAGAUACCACCACUUCAUUAAUCUGCACCUGUAUAUCAAAAUUACAGGGAUGCAUUGUGUAUCAAGUGAAAAGUAUUUCAAAAAAUAUCACUGCUAACUUAAUGCAUAUUCUGAAGCUGCAAGCAGAACCAUGGGACAUUUCGCUCACCUCACAAGGGGAACUGUGGAUUUUAGGGCCAUUUAAUACAGAGCCUCUUUCUGUAUUUAUGUGGGACUUUAAGGUUUGCCAGUUUGUGGCUUGUAAAGAAAGGUCAGUUGUGUUGCAAGUCAACAGCAGGUGGGAUCUGUUCCAAAGUGUUACUCCAACAAUCCUUCUACCACUGUUAUACAAGCGAAAAUUUGACAACAUCCAGAUUUAUCAAGAACGGAAGAGGCAGAGAUUAUCAGGCAUUCUUGCAUCCUCAUGUUCAAACACACUUGCAGAAUAGAAGGCUGUGGUACUCAUAUUCUUGUUACAUUUUCAUCCUUUUUUGUACAUAAAAAAAUGUAAUAUUCAA